UUCCUUGCGAUGUUUGAGAAAUGCGUUUAUCUCAUGACUCUUCUAAUGAUAUUUCUUGAGAGAAUCGUCGCAUUACAGCCUUCAUCGAAGAACAAUCACGUUUUACCUGGUUACGUUUUUAAACGGUUUCACACCAAAGAUUGGUUAUUCUGUAUUCGAGCUUGUCACAAUGAAACAGGUUGUAUCUCAUACAACUACGACCGAUCGUCUGGAGGCAAUGGGCUGUGUGAGCUCAACGAAUGUGGUCUUGAAGUCACUUGCGACGAUAAUGGCUCCCUUAAAUUCCUGAUCGGCUUCCUCUUCCAGCAAAUAAGGGAAGGAAAGUGUUACAGGAGCUGUGUAGAAAUUCGAGAUUACAUCCCAGGAGCGGUGAGCGGUGUGUACAAAAUUUAUCCGAUGUCAAAUACUAAACCAAUUGAAGUAUACUGCGACCUCGAAAUUGCAGGGGGCGGAUUCAGUUUCCUUCCUCACAGCCUUACUCUGAGGUCAGAUGCUCAGCAGAUUGUCGAAGUUCUCUUCAAAGACAAGAAAAACGUUUUGCUGAAGUUGAAGAAAAAAGUCGAUGGCAGCGAGUGGUACACUUUGAUUCAGCCCCACCCGAAUUACACUGACAUCGAUUUUGGCGUCUUGGUGAACAACUUCUCUGGUUACACCAAACCAAAAAACGCUUUCAUGCAGAAAUACGUAUUCCUUGGCAUCCUCCCAAAAUCAAUAGCAAAUAGGAAAACAACCCAGGGUUUCAGAUCUAAUGGCAUCAUGCUAGAGUUUUGGAACUGCGAUGCCAAUCCCAACAGCUUCUUUGCACUUUUUCCGAACCAUCAUCACCAAUUACCAUAUGGUCAUGGCGAGACGUCAGUAUAUGAAAAUAGCGGAAUCGCAGUAAACUGGCGUUCCCAUGCCAAAGCUGUCAGUAGUGACAGUCUGAAAAUGCCAAAUAAGUUCUUUUUCCUGACAGAACUGCAUUUUGGUGGCUGUGGCUGCUACACCUCAAGCGACCGGUGGAAGAAGUUUGGUUAUAACGCCACAGCCAUUGGAAUUCGUUAGACAUUCACUAACUAUCCUUUACUAUAAUGAUCAUCGAAGAAACCCAUAAAGCGUACCUCAAAUGCAAGAUGUAAAUCUACUUGAAGAAUUAAACUCGUACGGGAAGGCUUAUCGGCACUCCUACAGAAGUUUAAGGCGAGGGAAAUUAGAAGAAUUUCAAUCUGUUGCAAGAUUUGAUGUAAAUUUUCAUUAUGGCUGAGCAAAUCAACGCUUUAUUGGUUGUCCCUCCCGUGUGUGAUGCAUUAACUUUGUAAGACUUUCUGACGUGUAAUAAUCUGAGUACAUUACAUUAUUUUUCGCUGAAUUUAGGAAUACACUCUUGGCUAACGCACAAAUCACAGGCAGACGUCUACUCAAACAUGUAC